GCAAAACCAGAGCCUCUGUAUGCCGUCGGUGCGCUGCGCUUUUUUUUUUUUCCAACCACACGGAGUUAUUAACGGGAAUCGAACCAAGAGAGGACUCCAGGAUUUAUCAAAAAUGUAUUUUUUAACUGAAAUCACGCGCGUUUGAUUACGCACAGAUCUGGCAAUGCUUCACCGCUGCAGAUUUCUGGAUAUUUGAAUCUACUGAAUGGCUCAGAGUUGGAUACUGUAGCCUCCGAGAACGCACGGACUGCGUGCGCUGCUGGACUACUGCUGGGCUUCCCAAGGCGACCUAUUUUGACAGCAUUUUCUUUUUUUGAGGAGAUAACCACUGUGCCAACAAGUUGACAGAGGGCAGCGCCAGGGUGACCAUGCCCGGGAUGAUGGUGUCAGCCUUGCUCCUCCUGUCCGGAUUGGUGGGUCCGCUGUGCGUGGCGGUGGUGACGGCGUUCGGCGACGAGGUGGAGGAGAUGACCUGCGACCCGAUCCGGAUCAGCAUGUGCCAGGGUCUGGGUUACAACGUCACCAAGAUGCCCAACCUGGUCGGCAACGUGCUGCAGUCGGACGCGGAGCUGCAGCUGACCACGUUCACGCCGCUCAUCCAGUACGGCUGCUCCAGCCAGCUCAAGUUCUUCCUAUGCUCGGUUUAUGUGCCGAUGUGCACGGACAAGGUUCCCAUUCCCAUCGGUCCAUGCGGCAGCAUGUGUCUGUCUGUCAAGAGGAAAUGCCUCCCUGUGCUCAAUGAGUUUGGCUUCAUUUGGCCUGAGGUGCUGAACUGCAGCCUCUUCCCUCCUCAAAACGACCACAACCACAUGUGUAUGGAGGGUCCGGGGGAUGAGGACACGCCCUACCCGCAGGUCCGCCAUCCUCCCCACCAGGAGGAGUGUCAGGCCCUGGGAUCUGCUCCAGACCAGUACACCUGGUUUAAACAGACUGAGAGCUGCACUCUGCAGUGUGGCUACGACAGUGGGCUUUACCGGCGAGGGGCCAAAGUCUUCACAGAUGCAUGGAUGGCAGUUUGGGCCGUGCUGUGCUUCCUGUCAACCACUCUGACAGUCCUGACCUUUCUCUUGGAUUCGCAGCGUUUCUCCUACCCUGAGAGGCCCAUCAUCUUUCUCUCCAUGUGCUGCAAUCUGUACAGUGUUGCCUACCUGGUACGACUGACUCUCGGGAGGGAGCGCGUUUCCUGUGACCUGGAUGCGGCAGCGGUGCCAAUUCUGGUACAAGAAGGAUUAAAGAGCACCGGCUGUGCCAUAGUCUUCCUCCUGCUCUAUUUCUUUGGCAUGGCCUCCUCACUCUGGUGGGUGAUCCUGACUCUCACCUGGUUCUUGGCUGCUGGACUGAAGUGGGGCCAUGAGGCUAUUGAAAUGCACAGCUCCUACUUCCACAUAGCAGCCUGGGCCAUCCCAGCUGUUAAAACCAUCGUCAUCCUCAUCAUGAGACUGGUGGAUGCAGAUGACCUGACUGGGCUGUGCUAUGUUGGCAACCAGCAGCAGGAGGCCCUCACAGGCUUUGUGGUGGCACCACUGGCCACAUACCUCCUCAUAGGCACUCUGUUCAUCUGUGCGGGCCUUGUGGCUCUUUUCAAGAUACGCUCCAAUCUGCAGAAGGACGGUGCCAAAACAGACAAGCUGGAGCGUUUAAUGGUGAAGAUCGGAGUCUUUUCCGUUCUUUACACUGUACCAGCAUCCACUGUCAUUGGCUGUUACCUCUACCAGCUCUCUCACUGGGGAGAGUUCAGGGCCAGCACCCGGGACUCAUAUGUGGCAUCAGAGAUGCUUCGAAUCUUCAUGUCACUGCUUGUUGGCAUCACAUCAGGCAUGUGGAUCUGGUCAGCGAAAACCCUUCACACCUGGCAGCGCUGCACUGCCCGCCUGCUCAGAGACAGCAGGGCUAGCCGAGGUGGCAAGAGAGCACCGGGUGAGGGCUGGAUCAAACCAGGGAAAGGCAACGAGACAGUGGUUUGAGGAGGAAGAAAAGAGAAAAUGGACAGGAAUGAAGUUCUGCAAGCUUCUCUCUCGUUGACACUCGCUCUGCCAAACGAAGGAUGGCGAGGUCAGAGAUUCAAGAGGUGAGAGGGAGAUAAAAAAUGUGAUACAGGACUUUCUGGAUGUAAUGGCAUCACAAAAGCUCCCCGACAGUCCCUAACUAACAUGGGAUAAGGAGGAAAGAGGAGGACUAAGUCAUACAGUAGUAGCAACAGUAGCCUCUCUACCUCUGUUAGACUUCCUUUGCCCAGAGAGGUGGAGAAAGCAACAAAAAAAAAAAAGAAAACGAAAAAGAGAGACGGAAAGGGCAGAUCAGACACAAAAUCAAGAUGCAGACCGGACACACCAAUAAGCUGCGUGGCACCACGUCUACCUCUCUGUCUCUCUUUUCGCCAGAGCCCUCAGCAGAAGAGACUGAACCUGCUGGAUACAGCAAACCCAAAUGCCGUUGGAUCUUUUAAGGGUCUUUUGAAGUUCUAAUUUUUACACUGGAGCAAAUAUUAUACAGGUGUAGGCUGAAGUUUCCCAAAAGCAUCUGAUUCCUUGAAAGCCCCUUUUACACUGAGAUUAGAUAAUAAAUAAUCUGACUAAUGGUAUGUGUCCACAGGGGCCUAACCUCGACGCACCUGAGUUGCAUAAAGUAGUCUAGACUUCAACUUUAUGCAAAUGAGAAGCAGCCAGUCUGACACUCCAUCAGCUGAAACACAGCACAGCGCUACCAGAAUGCAUUGUACAGCUGCUUAUAUAGACAAUGACUGAGUAUUGUGUUAAAAUCAGAUCCUGUGGACAUGUACCAUAAGUGUAAUGAAAAUCUGAAAUAUUGCCUUAUAUCUGUCUAUAUUUGAACUACAUUAUUCUGCAUUUUGGGGAAUAGUACCUUUUGUACAAUACUAAAUAGGAGGUCAGAUUUUUUUGGGAAACCAGCUUCAUACUGGAAUAAUGCACUAUAGCUAUAGAAUAUGUGAAGGGUAGGGACAGCAGUGGUGGGACUGAUAACAAGUCAGUAUACAGCACAUUAAUACGCACAGCCAUUAACAGGGAGAGUUUGGUCAGUUGUCAUUAUGGACGCGACAGAAAAAUAACUUUCUAGUGUUCAAACGUGAACGUCAAACACAUUCUUAUUGUGAAGCCAACACAAUGAGAGAUUAUGUGUGAGGUUGUCAUACUACACUAUGAAUCCCAGGAGUACCAGCUGUGCCUUUUAUUGCCCCAUGCAUUUGGAAGCACUGAGGCAUCUGGGAAAUGUAGGCUCUGAGCAGUCAAUAAGAAGCUCAGCUAAUUUCAAAUGUGUGCAGUUUUCCUGGAAACCCAGAACUGUACAUGCUGUUGAGUUACCAUGAAAUCCAGGAAAUUGAAUUAUUCCCUCUGCUCUUUUCCAAAUAUUGGAACCAGGGCAGGUUAAAGAGUUAGAAGUUAUUAGACAAUCACUUGCCAAAAUACACACUUUGCAACAGCAAAAGGGCUGCCAUAACUUGUGCACAUGCAGAUACAGUACAAUGCAAAAAUUUGAGGAUUUAAGUACAUUGAGGAUUCAAAAAUAAUGCCACCGUUAAUUUUUGGUUGUUUUACUUAACUUGAUACUGAGGGCAGCAAACAGCAAACAAAACCUAAAAUCAUUAUUCGCUGUGACCACCCUUUGCCUUAAAAAUAGCACCAAUUCUCCUAAGUAUAUUUGUGCAAAGUUUUUCAAGGCAUUAAUCAGGUUGUUGCAAGCAUCUUGCCACAGGUCUUCUGUGGAUUUAGGCAGUGUCAGUCGCUUCCGUCUCUUCAUGUUACCCCAGACUGACUCUGUGGGGGCCACAGCAUCUGUUGUAGAACUUCUAGUCACUGAGAGUACUUCUUUAUGACCCUUGUUGUAAGUUUGUGGCUGUUGUCAUGCUGCAGAAUGGAUUUUGAACGAGUCAAAAGACUAACUUGAUAUUAUGUGAUGGAUAAAAACAUGUAAAGUGCCUGAAACUUUUGCACAGUACUGUACAUGCAUAAACACACACAUAGGAAUCAGUUGCCACAAAUUGUAUCCACUCGCCUACAUUGUGAUCAGUAUCUGCAGGUAAUGAAAUAACAGUAACACGAGAGCACCUCUGUCAAUUUUUAUCUGCCUUUCUUUUCAGUCUGUGUGCAUGUGUUUUGUCCACUAAGACCAUCACAGAAGCAGCACAAUGAAAUUGGCAUAUUAAUAUCCAUCUGAUGCUCUCAUUUAUCCCCUGCCAGCCUUUGUCUUUUUAACCUCAUCUGAUACAUCAAGGCUCAUUUCCCAGACAAUCAAGCCCUCCCUGGAAGAGAUUUUUGUACAUUACACUUCAAAAUUUCACGAGUAAUGGAGAUGAGAUCUCCAUUUAUUAUCUCUGGCACUGCAUUUUAACAGUAGGCCUUUCUCACCAUUUCAGUCUUGCAGGUCCGCUCAAUAACUGCAAGCUUUAAAUACAGCAAAGGUCCUGGUUCUGACUUAUCCUGCCUUACUGCUGCAUUCACCAAAUUCUGCUCCUGUGUACCGAAUGUUUGCCUGACAAUCUAUCCAUCAAAGCUCUUGCGUUUCAGUGAGUCUUUGUAUAAUAUUACGCCUUCUAUAUUUCAGUAGAAUAAGGAUUAAUCUCAUUUUGGAAAAUUGAAAUGUAGAGCUUGAAUAAUACAGAGCUUUUUCCUCCUGUGUGUCAACUGUAACCAGGUAGUGCCUCAUACAGCCUGUCACAUCUAUUUUUGAGCUCAAAGUUUAGAGUGGGACAGAAAAUCAUUCUUGGGUUGCCUUUUCCCAAAAAAUAUGUUAAAUAUAACUGUUUCUGCAUUCAGAGGUGCUUUUGGUGGUUCUGGUGAAACCUAGAACCCUGAAAAAAAGUGUUUCUCAGACCAGCAUACGUUGGCACAUGUAUUAAAUUUCCAAAGUCAAACAAACAUUACAUUCACUUUAAGUGAAUUAAAUUAACCUCUGACCACCUCCCCUCUGAGCUAAUGCAGUUUCCCCCUCAUGCUGUCUUAAGGUUUUGGCUGUCUCCUCUUGCAUGACCACACUGAGCUUCAGGUGACAUUUCAAAACAAUCACAGAAUGUGCCUUGAAACACAGUGAGUUUGUGCCACGCUUAAAGAUCGAGGACCACUGGUGGUGCAGGUUUUGUAAAUGCUUUUUUGAGAAACCCAGACAUGAAUCACUGCUGGGAUCAGUUCACCGACGCUGAUCGUAGCCUUUAAGGUCUAGACUGCUCCCUCGUGUAGAAAACUGCUUGUCUUGACAAUGUCAUCGAUGUAUUAUAAAGAGAUUGCUAAUUUAUCCGUGUAAAAAAACAACGUGACAAAAAAUGUUAAAACUUGUUUGUUAUUUAAAAAAAACACUUUUGUAUCAGAAGAAGAUAAAUAAAAACUUUUUGGUUUCCAAUAUGUUGUUGUGAUUAUAA